UAGAAGCCGGGCUGUUUCCGUGCUAUAAUCAGAUGCAAGAUCUAUUGGAAAGCCCAAUACCAGUGCCUGCCAGUUUGAGUACUGGAGGUGUGCCUGAGUAUUAAUGGGCAUGCUGAAUCAGAGCUGGGAUGCUGAGCUCUGAAGCUGGAUUCUUACUCUGCGCUGCUCACAUACAGACGUAGGGAGCUUCAGUGCCUCUGGUUCACAUCUCUUGCUCCUUCCAAGGACUCUCUUUUGGAAUUGACCCCCCCCACAAAACAACCAUACAAGGGACCGAGCCGAUGACUUUCUGAUGAUCCUUCUUUUUCCCAAAUAGAUCCAAACCGGCGCUAUUUACUUAAACACGGGAAAAGUUGCCACCCAACUAGGAUUCUAAGAUUACAUGUAUCUGGAUAGCGAAGGACAUCCGUAUCAUUAAAUCCUGCAUGGGACCCGGCCAAAGAAAAGUAUCCCUGUGGAAUAUCAGUCUGGGGUUUAUAAGGUCGGCACGGUGCUUUGUCCCUGCGCUCAGUCCUGCCCCAAAAGUGACUAUGUACCAGAUCCAAGAAAGAGGAAUUAUCUCUUAGACUUCAAGGCAGAAUGAUGGACCUUCGGUUCCUGUGUCUCAUCCUGGUUAAGUGUCUUUUCCAUCUGAUUUUGUGCGACAAACAAGUGAUCGGAGCAAGCGGAGCAUUAAAGUGGGAAGACAAAGACCCCGCUGAAAGUUUGGUAAACAAUGUUGCCCACGGUAGACUUCACAGUCCGCUCCGUCUGUUUGUUAAACAGUCUAGUCUUCAAAGACAAGACCAGAUGUCUUAUUUCGACAGGAUAGAAAACUUCUGGGACUGGCUGGAGAACAUUAGCGAUACCCAAGAGUCCCUGGUACGAACUAAACGCAGGCCCAUCGUAAAAACGGGCAAAUUCAAGAAGAUGUUUGGAUGGGGAGAUUUUCAUUCCAAUAUCAAAACCGUAAAGUUGAAUCUACUCAUUACCGGGAAAAUUGUUGACCACGGAAAUGGGACCUUCAGCGUGUAUUUCCGCCAUAACUCCACCGGUCUCGGGAACGUCUCCGUCAGCCUUGUCCCUCCUUCCAAAGUGGUGGAAUUCGAAACGUCUGCACAGUCGACUCUGGAGAACAAGGAUUCCAAGUCUUUCAACUGUCGGAUUGAGUACGAAAAGACCGACAGGGCAAAGAAGACUGCUCUGUGCAACUUUGACCCUUCUAAAAUCUGUUACCAAGAACAAACACAGAGUCACGUCUCUUGGUUGUGCUCGAAACCCUUCAAAGUCAUUUGCAUUUACAUCGCUUUUUUCAGCAUAGACUACAAACUUGUACAAAAGGUCUGCCCCGAUUAUAAUUAUCAUAGUGAAACACCGUAUCUGUCCACCGGUUGAAGAACACCUAUUAGUUUAACGAAUCGGGACUUGGUUCACAGUCGAUUGGCAGGGACAAUCUCAUACGAAGCAUCCCUUUGUUUUCUUCGAUGGACAACGUUUCUUUAUUGGGUGGAAACAACGUGAUUGUGACAGUGUUACACUUGCAUACUAUAUUUAACUUUUCAUAACGGUAGGAUAUUUCUGUAAUUUGGAAGUCACGUAGUCGAAAAAUAAAAUCAGGGACCGUUGACGCGUAACAAGGCGAUGAGGUUUAUGCAUGAAAUAAGCUCAGACGUAUUAACAUACUUGAAGCAAGAUUAAUAAAUAUAAAGACACAGCAUGGACGAUGUUACAAAGUCACAAGAAUAACAAAAGAAAACCAAUAUUGAUGUUGGGAAUUAUCAGCCUAAAUCUAAACCAACAGUAAGGCUAAUCUAUCACUGAUACUAAUUAAAUUUAAAAUGGAAGGCAAGAAUCCUCAGUG